AUGGCAACGCUGAAUGCAGUUGGAGCAUGCCAGACUGGAUUCUCUCUGCUUCUCAGCUCUCGUCUGUAUAGGAUUUUUAUCAGACCAAAAUUUGAAUAUGGAUUGGCUAUUCUCCCUCUGAAAAGAACUGAUACUAUCCAGCUUGAGAAGAUCCGUGAUAAAUGUUUGCACAUGAUGUUGCCUGGCACUUCUAAGAAUUGUCCUUGUGGUACUGACCAUAUCUCACGUCGCCAUCUUGCUGUCUGCUCUUUGGUUCCUGCCCAUUUGUUGGUCUGUCUUCCUAUUCCAUCUGAUCAAAACUGUAAUCCAAUUGAUUUUGCUAUAACUGCUCUCCCAAAUUCUAGUCAGGCUCCAUGCCCCUCUUAUUGGGUAGCACUGCUUACUAUUCUCUGGCAUUUUGACAAGCUUUGUAAUCCUGAUGGUGAUUACACUCAUAAAACUCACUUUGGUACUCUUUAA